AUGCGCUGCCCCAGGAUAAGGCUUCCCAAAAUUGCCAAAGCCCUGCUUUGCCUCUUUGCUGUAACACAGUUCUGCCUCUUCUUUGGCAAUUCCAGCUCCUUGUUUGACUUGGCGAGGACAAAGAUUUUCAGGAAAUUGAACAUUUUCCAACAUGCCCCAGAGACACAACAAGUGGACCACCAAGAGCAACAGGGUUUAAACUAUUCUGAUAAUGGGAACUCCGGGGGCAUUUUAAAGGUGACUUCAGGAGGAUACAUCAUAAUACUCAAAGAUGUGGUGGAGAAGACACCAAGAUGGACGGGAAAGGAGGAGCAGAAGGAAAAAAUGAAACCAGUUAUGAGCGUUAAGGAAGCAAAGGAGAACAUGGCUGUGAAACCACCACCCCAGCUGGAGGGAGUCAAGAAGACAACAGUGAAAACAACCCCUAUGGUCCAGGGAAACAAGGGGAAAACAACAGUGAGGCCAGCUCCAUGGGUGGAAGAAGCCAAGGAAAAGACAACAGUGAAACCACUUCUCAGGGAGAAGGGAGGCAAGGAGAAGGCAACAGUGAAACCAUCCUCUGGGGUGAAGGGAGCACAUGAGAACACAACCAAAGACCAAGCAAAACCCAAAGCACCUCCUGCAUCAAUGAAAACUGUAGGACCUGCUCCUCAGGCUGCUGCUGUGACACAGAAGAGGAAACUGAGCUCUGCUAACUUCACAUCUGAGCCACAGUGGGAUUUCGAGGAUCAGUACCUGCUGGAUAACUCAUCCCCGCCCUCGACCUGCUCUGAAUCAGUGAGGGCCAGGGCUGCCAAGUCUGCCUGGCUGCAGGAUCUUUUCCUGCCCAACAUCACACUCUUCAUGGACAAGAGAUACUUCAGUGACAGUGAAUGGAACCGCCUGGAGCAUUUUAUACCCCCCUAUGGCUUCAUGGAUCUGAAUUAUUCACUGGUAAAGGAGGUCAUAUCCCUGCUGCCCCCACAGCCCCACCAGCAGCUGCUUCUGGCCAACCAUGACAGCAGCGUGCCCACCUGCAUCAGCUGUGCUGUUGUGGGGAAUGGAGGAAUACUGAAUAACUCUGGGAUGGGCCAGGAGAUUGACUCCCAUGACUAUGUCUUCAGGGUCAGUGGGGCCGUAAUCAAGGGUUAUGAAAAAGAUGUGGGAACAAAAACCUCCUUUUAUGGAUUCACGGCCUUCUCCCUGGUUUCCUCUCUUCAGAUCUUGGGACACAGAGGGUUCAGCAAGAUCCCGUGGGAUGAACACGUCAGAUACAUUCACUUCCUGGAGGGAGCAAGAGACUAUGAGUGGCUGAAGGCCCUUCUGUUGAACAAGAACAUCAGGAAAGGAUUCUUGAACCUCGGCGGGCAGAAGCCCCGGCAGAAAUUCAAUGAAGAUUUCACAAUGGACAAAUACCUGGUGGCUCACCCUGAUUUCCUCAGAUACAUGAAAAACAGGUUUUUAAAGUCUAAAAAUUUGGAAAAGCACUACUGGAGGCUGUACAGACCCACAACAGGGGCCUUCCUGCUGCUGACUGCCCUCCAUCUCUGUGACCGGGUCAGUGCCUAUGGCUACAUCACGGAGGGGCACGAGAAGUACUCGGAUCACUACUAUGACAAGGACUGGAAAAAGCUGAUUUUCUACAUUAACCAUGACUUCAACCUGGAGAAGCAGGUGUGGAAAAGGCUUCAUGAUGAGAAUAUCAUGAAACUUUACCUGAGAAUCUGA